CUCUGGCCCUCGUCGCUCCCGUUUCACCUCCCCGCUGCUGCUGAUCCGCAUUGAAUGCUGCUACCACUGGCACUGGAUUGCAUGCGCAGUGGCGAGUUCGCUGUGCGUGUGGCUUCGGGGACUUGGAUUCUCCCACAGCCGCCUUUUCUCGGAGGAAACAAAACGUGCUUUCUCGCCGUGUGGGUUGGAAUGCUUAAGAGGAGAAUUUUCGGCGCUUUGUGGCCUCACGACGAUUUUGUAGGACGUGCUAUAUUGGAGAUGGAUGAUUUGAAGCCUGGAUCUUGUGAUGUCGUGGUGUUCAUUGCUGAGCGACAGUAAGCGGAGCCUGUUUCGAUACGUAGUAUUUGAAGUCGUGAUGACGGUGUGGAUGAGUUCCGUUGAGUGUGGACCGGGGUGGGAGAUGCUGAAGUGGUGGAUUCUUUUGCAAUUGACCUUGGUUGCCAAGGGUGGUUUAUGUGCUUUCAGAUGUUGAGAUGCUGGACUUUGAGGUCGGUUGUUGGAAAGAGCUUUGGCCGAAGCAUAGGUUUGGCGGUGAAGCUAUCACUCCAUCCUCUUGUUUCAGAGCCAUUCCCUCAUGGACGUAAUGCUGAUAGCCUGCAACCUUUCCAGAUUAGAGCGUUUCUUGGUCCCUCUUCAUCUUUAGUAGAUGCUGAAGCAGUGCCUUCACUGGCGCAUCAAGCUUGGUGACUAUCGAAGCUGUGGAUCUAAUUGUCGGAUAGCUAUAGUUUUGAUAGCAGGGGAUUAGUAUGGACUGUUUUCAGGUUAUUACCGUACCGAUUGUGGAGUUAGGGAACUAGCUGUGCUUCUCCAGGAGUACAAUCGGCAAGGUAAACAGCACAGGUUGAUGCAGGAAAAUGCACUUAAAAUUCUCUUCUAUCUAAGGCGGAGGGUUUACUUGAUUUUAGUGUGCACAUUUGAGCGAGCGAAGGAUUUCAGCGUUUGAAGAAUCGAAUCCACUACCAUGAUUCAGGUUUCAAAAGGUGCAUGAACCUGCGACUGGUUGGAGGCCUUUCAACUGGGGCGUAAAUUUGAUUUCGAUGUCCAGUUUCCCGAUCCUUGGGUCCAGAAGAAAGGCUUGGCUGUAACAUACAAGUUGAAAACAUUCAAAAAUUUCUUCAUUCACUCACUUUUUACGGUUGAGGAUUAAAACAGUCUUGUCGAUAUACCACUAAAUGAGGCUCCAUCAUCUUCUACACUUGGACCUUCAUCGCUCUGGUGGCAUCUGCAAUCAGAGUGCGACUGUCUGGCCGUAAUGCCAAACCUGCAAGCAAUGUUAACGGAAAUGAAGUUUUUGUCGUUAGCUAUGACGGUGCGAAAAAUGUGUACCAUGGAGAUAUUUUUGGCGGCUGCAGUUUCUAUCAUCGUGGCUUCGAUGUAAUUCACCGUCGCUCGGAGAAGGAAGCAGCGAACAGGAAGAAUUUUCUUUCAUCUCAGACCCAAACGGAUGUACAAUUCUCUGGUGCGACCUACGCAGAGUAGAACAUAGUAUGGACUUAGUUUAGAAACGAGAUCAUUGAUUGCUAAAGAUCACAGGGCCGUUUACGCAUCAAAUCGGACUUGAAGUCCAUGCCAGCAGUUGUAUCCCUUGAGUUGACAUAUCCAGAGUGAAGCCAUGACAGGACUGUUUCAAAUUUUUGACCGCUACAGAGCCUUGGCUAGAAGUAAGAAUGUUCCAAAGAAAGCAGGUCCAGUCAGUCAUGGUCAAGCGCAACCAGGAGGUGAGCGUGACCCUAGCUGUAUCAAUCUUGCAUAUCACAUGUUCCAAGAUGAAACAGGACAAAGAAGAGUUACGCUGGCAGGUAACCAUCACUUACCCCAAUUGGAAGCGUCUCGAGAUCCUCGAAGGUCAUCCAUUGACAACAGUGAAGUUAUAGUGGCAAAGACUCUGGACACCCCCAAGGAUAUUCAACUUGCAUCUGAACCUAAACCCCACCCACCUCGCACUUCAUUAGACUCGAGACCCAAACCAAGGCUUUCAUUGUACUUAAAGGACGAAGCUUCUGUUAAUGAUACUUCAGCACCAUCAUCUGCUAAGGAUAUAUCCGUUUCUAUUGAAACUCCUGGAGAUCCUCUCAGCAGGGUACAUUAUCCGAGGUCUCAUUCAACAGCAGCAACUCCCAGAUCGUCGGUUGAUGGUAAAGUGACAGGGAAUGAUGACAGGGAGAGGAAAUUCAGAGACCUCAAGGGCAUGCUUAAAGGGCCAUUCAAGAGAAAAGUAACCAAGGUGAAUAACCAGGAAUCUCCUGGAACUUCGUUUGAUUCGAAAGAAUCGGAUCAGGUUAAAACUGUACGAGAAUUGCAGCCAGAGAACAAGGAGGAUUUGAACGGUUUGCCUAAGUCCGGUCAAAUUGCUCCGGGAGGGAAUGAGUAUAAAGAUUGUGGCAUAUUUCCAGGGAUCCAUACUGGAUGGUUUGAAGGUAGAGAGGCUUCUACACCUCGAUUGACUGUGGAACUGAAAGAUGGUCCAAAACUAACCCGAAAAGAUGAUCAGCGUGUGCUCAAUGAUGAUAGGCUCAGGGUUUCUGAACAGAAAGGUUCUUCCGUAUCCCUCAGAUUCGAAGAAGCCCCCGAUGUCGAAGGUUCUAAAGACUUGCGGAAGAUGGGUUUGGGUCGGAAUUCCAUUGAUGGCAGAGAGUCGUCUAGACCUCCGUUUGAUGGUAAAACAGUGGGAUCAAGACUAUCUGUUGAUGGGUCUCGUGGCUCUCAUCAGCCUUCAGGUAUGCCUCGUUUGUCAUUGAUAUCUGUCGUCGGUAGAGAAGCCCAUGGUCAAGUAACCGCAAACAAUUGGUUUGCGCAAAAUAUCCACACGUCUUUGGAGGCAUCUACACCCGUCUUUCGUAGAGAAGAGAACGCUUGGUGUGAUUCACCUGGAAGAUGGAUUGCUAGUACCUGGGAUGGCGACUUUGACGAUUCCAAGUGGAAGGCAUCAAGUGUGGUUGCUAGGUUGAUGGGCCUUGAAGAUCUGCCAAACUUUGAUGUGGUGAGCAAUGCCGAAUCAGCGACAGAAAUGUCUCCCGAGGAGCAGUGCUCCUCACCUCAAACAGGGCCCUAUUAUAUGGAACCCGACGAAUCGCCAAGUCGAGAUGAUGAAGACUCUUAUCAGGUCUUCGGUACCGAUGAGGUUGUUACUCCUCUUAGGAAGGAUACGCCUAGUAAAUUCAUGCCUGGUGUCCCCUUAGUGCUGCCAGCACGGCAGCUAGCUAUAUCAGUAUCAACCGCCCCUAGGUUGCAGCUUGGAUAUUGCAAGUCACCUGACAGCAGAGGUCAGCAAACUCCUGCUUCUCCGAAAUACUCAGCUGUAUCACCAAAGCACCACAUGAUUGAAAGUCUGCCUCAAGUUCUUAAGCAUCAAGUUGAGCUAAAAAUUUCCAGUGAAGGAUUACUGUACAGCGACAUGGAUCAACGCUUGCGGCAACUGGGUCUCAAAAACACUAUCCAGGAGCGUAAAACUCUGAAGCAGAUUUUGGAAGCCAUGCAUCAGAAAGGUCUCUUACAGCCUCCCCCUCACGUGAACCCUGAGUGGAAGCGCAAUCUUCCAAGACAUAGUUCAAACAGUGGUGCUGCAAAAUCUUCAUUUCUCAACAGAAAGGAUCGUUCUUCAUCUCAAGCCCUUGAUUCUUUCAACGACGACCUUUUCGGGUUGGAUUACAAAGACAUUCCAAUGUACGUAUCCGCUAAAAUGGCCAAAGGUCCGGCAGAAGGUGGUCAUGUCUCUGACAGUUGUAAGUCCCCCUUGAGGGGUAGGACUGGUGAGGCUUCGAUAGUGGUGAUGAAGCCUCUGAAUUCAAAUUCUGCCUCCAAGCUCAUUCUUGCAAAACCUUCUCUAGAGGUGGAUCUAGAAAAGGAACAAGAAACAGUUAUCGCACGUGUGACAAAUGCACCCACAUCGUUGUCUACAUUAGCUACUCCAGUUGCCACCCUUACAAAGGAUGGUAGUUCAGUCAUGAACAUCAGACACUCUUCCAAAAAUGAGACAUCUGCUGCUUCCAGAAAAUUAAAGCUGAGCUCUAAAUCAGAUGACUCGAGGAGUCAAAGUGCUAUGGAAGAGGUUUCAAUCUCUGUGAAGCAUCGGAGAGAACGCAUUGCUGCUCAAACUGCAAAAUUCAAAUCCGAGAGUGGAGAUCUUCAGCAGCAUGACAGCCCCAAGUCGACAAGAUCUUUAUCCCCUAGUGGUAGGAAGUCUGCUAAGACGGGUUCUUCAAUUCGAAGCGCAUUCGGCUCUAGUUUAAGUCAAUCAGGUAAAGCUAAGUCUCGAGCAAGACCUGUAGAAAAAAAGGAUGUUAAAAGUACCACCCAGACAACAAGGAGGGCCAAGCAUAGUCAGGAACAGUUGAAAGAGGGUUCUACAACUAAGCAAGAGCAUCGAAGGGCACCCAGACGCAUCACAUCAGAUCGGAAAUGGGUUGCGGGUAAUAAUACCGAAAACAUUCCAGCAUUAGAGCAAUUUCGCAAUUCCAAGAGUGCAGGAGAAGUUGCAGUACUUCGUAGUAAGAGGACUGAGACCGGCGGUUCCAAUGAUCAAUUCAGUUCAGCAACGCCUGCUGAUGUGGAUACGAAAGGACGCAGAGUAAUGAACUUUGAUAAAUACCAGCUUGCACAGCUUUGCAGUGAAUUUGUGGAGUCAACAGCUGAUUCUUGUAGCGAAAGCCAAGAUAUUACGUUGGAGAGGUCACUGAAUGGAUCGCCCAUUAAUGUUACGUCACCUACUUUAACAGUUUUUGAAAGCCGUAGACUAAGUAGUAGAAGACAUAGCUUAGAAAAGCUUCCGGAUGACUUCUAUGAUGCGAAAGAAAGAUAUGAAUCCAAAUUGGAAGACUCCGAGCUGGAGACAUACAGUGAUGUGGCGCUUUACACAGAUCUGGACAGCUCCGAUGUGCCGAUGAGUCGGGAAGCUCAAAUACAAGAGCCUGAAUCAAGUGCAUUGGACUCUUUGGAACCAUCAUCACCUGGUUUUCAGGAGUGGAGAGAGGGUCGUGAGGGUGGAAAUGGGCAGAUGGCUAAAUACAUUGAGCAACCAAGCCCCAUUUCCGUUCUGAAAAACAUAAAUUUUCAGAAAGAAGAAUUUACGCCAAGUCCAAAAUUUGAGAAAUCGGGUUUUAUUAGCGCUCGAGAUUGCUGUGCGUUCGAGUCAGGAGAGGAGCAGGAGGACUUGAAGAAACCAAUAUGGCAACCCACGGAUCUAUCCACCCCAGCACACCAAAUACCAGUAUUCUCGGGUGAUCCUUUGAAGGAUUUGAUGCAUAAAGUUGCUCGGUCACUUAAUCUUGAUGAUCAGAACUCGUUUCUUAACAAACCUACCCUAGAGAUUCAGGUGCCCUAUGUCUCUGACCUAUUUUCACCUUCAUCUCUGAACUCUGUCCCCCCAUCAUUCUUUUCAAAAGAAGAUGAGAAGGCAUAUGUGAAACAUAUAAUGGUGGCGUCUGGAGUUACGGAGGAAUGUACCGCUCCAAAAGAGUGGUCUAAAUACGGGUCUCUGAUGAAGGCAGACUUAUUUGACCAACUUGAAGAGCAUCUUGAGCUUAGAGAGUCUGCUCGUAAGCAGAACGCCUAUCUGUCAGGAGAAGAGAGAACGGAAUAUCUCAAGCAAGCUCUUGAUAGGCGCCUCCUUUUCGACUGUGUUAAUAGCAUAUUGGAGAGGAAAUGGCAUUCAUACUUCCACCCCCAUCCGUGGGGUGCACAAACUUUUCGUAAGAAACCUAUCGGAGUGAAACUUGUGGAAGAGAUUUGGGAGGAAUUGGAAUCGCUUCGUUCCUGUGCUUUGGAUGAUGACUCUUUAUACGGCAUUCUACAGAUGGAUUUUACCCAGCGAGCUGAAAAGUGGGUGGAUUUUUCAUUAGAAGUUGGAGAGAUUAGUACAGAAAUACAGGAAAUGAUAUUAGAUGAAUUGGUGAAUGCAGCUGUGCAGGAAUGGUCUGACGAAAGCAAAUUCCAUUAGUCACUACCAGUAGCAAUAUAGUUGCAUGUGCCCUUUCAAGCCCUACCGGCUUGGGUUGUAAUAUAUGAACAAAGAUUAGGUUGAUAGAUGAUGCUUAAAUUCAGAUAAUUGUGAUAUGUUCACUAUGUUUUUACCAAUGUGACGAUCCAUUGAAUUUCUUGCGUCC